GUGGAAAUACGUGCAAGAGGGGUUGAAUUCACGUUCUGUUCAUCGUAAAGCUUAUCACAGCGACACUGGAGCCGAAGCAAACCGGAGUGGCGCGGUUGGGGGAGCUUGCAUCGAUCGAAUCCAGCAUUUCUGCUGCAAAUUGAAGCUACUGGUUUGGCUUGAUCGCAACACCUCAUCGAGUAGCGAUUGCUUGCAGGAACCCUACGCUAUCCCGGUGAAAAUGUUCAAAAAGUUCUCAUCUGAAGAAGUUUCAGCCCAAAAUCAAGUGAAGGCAUCUGUACAGCGAAAAAUCCGGCAGAGUAUUGCAGAAGAGUACCCAGGACUUGAACCUGUGUUGGAUGAUCUGCUGCCAAAAAAGUCACCCCUUAUUGUUGCUAAAUGUCCAAACCAUGUGAAUUUGGUCCUAGUUAAUAAUGUUCCACUAUUUUUCAACAUCCGUGACGGACCUUAUAUGCCAACUCUAAGGCUUCUUCAUCAGUAUCCAAACAUAAUGAAGAAGCUGCAAGUUGACCGGGGGGCAAUAAGAUUUGUUCUUUCUGGUGCUAAUAUCAUGUGCCCUGGGCUUACGUCUCCUGGCGGUGCAUUGGAUGACGAAGUACCAGCAGAAGCCCCUGUGGCUAUAAUGGCUGAAGGAAAGCAGCAUGCCCUAGCUAUCGGAUAUACUAAAAUGUCAGCAAAGGAUAUUCGAACAAUCAACAAAGGAAUUGGCGUGGAUAACAUGCACUAUCUGAAUGAUGGUCUCUGGAAGAUGCUCCGCCUGGACUAACUGUGAAACUGAAAACAAGGGCUGUAGAUGAUUGUGUGAGAGAUAAAAUAGAGGUGACAAACUUGUUGCUGACGAAGCACUUGUGUUGCAAACAUCUUUAAAUAUGUAAGCAUUGUGAUCGAGCCAAUAAAUUCUAUGGAUUGCUUCUUGCACUACUUUAUAUUGUUGGUUCAUUUGCUAACACCCCGCGCGGAUGCACCAAUCGAAUCCAAUCCAAUCCAAUCCUCGGUGUAUUUGGCGGAUGGGGGGAUUGGAUUCUUUUCAUUUUUGAUACUUGAGAGUAGUUUUAUGGUUGUAUCUUGUAUUCCAUGAUCCAGUGUCAUUUGAACAAGUAGAGACAGUGAACACUGAGUUCUAAUUGAACCUU